AUGGAAGAUUUAGAUGAUUCAACAAAUAAACAUUCAGCCAAUGAUUCUUUUAAUCAAUUAUUUACAAAAGCACAAUGGAUAUCAGUUAUUUUAGGAAAUUUAAGUUCACGUCUAUCAAAACGUGGUGGUCAUGGAAUAAUUAAUCAAUUUAUAACAGUUACAAAUUUAAGAGGUGAAAAUCCAAAAUUACAUGACAAUCGUGCUAUAACUGUCGAACGAGUAUCUGCACAUAGUUGA